AUGAAAAUUAAAUACAUCAAACGUUCAUUUGAAGUGAGCAUAUGUCUAAGAGCAAAUGAACGUGUGAUACAUAUAUUCUUGUCGACUGAUCAUGAAUCAAUAACUCUUAAAAGAGUUGAAGGGGUAACCGCAGUUCUUCAGAAUGAUCAGUCAGUGCAAAAUACAAUUAUACAAAUAUUUGAAAAGCUGAAGCUAAAGCAUUAA